AUUCAAUUUGUCGAAACAAUAUUGGUUCAUAUGAGUGCAUAUGUAGAGAUGGUUUUCUAGAACAAAGUGGGAUUUGCACAGAUUUCAAUGAGUGCUUAGAUAAUGAGACAAAUAGUUGCGGACAGAAAUGUUUAAAUUUACCCGGUAGCUACGAAUGUGCAUGUUUCUCUGGUUUCCACAUGUCGGCAGGUGAUUGCCAAGACGUUGAUGAAUGCAAAAAGAACAACACAUGUGAUCACAAUUGUAAUAACACAUACGGAGGUUUCAUCUGUUCAUGUGAGAUCGGAUUUUAUCUAAACGUAACUGAUCGGAAAUCUUGCGUUGCCUGUGAAAAAUGGACAUACGGAUUUGAAUGUGGACAUAAUUGUUCUUGUCAUGUGCCGAAUUCUGAGAGAUGUGAUUCUAAAACUGGUGAUUGCAUAUGCGCCAAGGAAUGGAAUGGCUCUGAUUGCACUGAAGAUGUUGAUGAAUGUAUUAAUGAAGGAAUAUGCCAAGAAAAUUCAUAUUGUGAAAAUUCUUAUGGACGUUUUGACUGUUUAUGUGACAUUGGAUACCAAAUGACUUAUGGCAACAUAUGCAAAGAAUGCGACAAUCCAUAUUAUGGGAAAAACUGCAGCAAGGUAUGCGACUGCGUCCCUUUAGGAACAUUUGAGUGUAAUCAUGUAAAUGGUAGUUGUACUUGCAGGAAGGGCUGGACCGGCGUGUUGUGUAAUGUCGACAUAGACGAAUGUGAAGAAAAUAAAACAAUAUGUGAAUAUAAGGACAAUUCUACCUGCAAAAACGUUAAUGGUUCAUUCACGUGUUUGUGUAACGACGGCCUUAGAGACGAGGAUGACAUAUGCACAGAAUGCGAUAUCUGGAAAUUUGGAGCAAAUUGCGAAUCAGUAUGUUCAUUGAUAGACAAACACGAGUACGUAACCCGGGAAAAUGGAUUAUGA